AUGGGGUUUUCAAUCCAGGCAUCCAACAUCUCCUACAAAGCGUCUGAGAAGGACAUUUACGAGUUCUUCUCCUUCUCCGGAGAAAUCACUGGCAUUGAGACGAAAACGGAUCUGAAGAAGGGCCAGGUGGCGUACGUGACUGCUUCUUGUCAUCCCCGUCUCCUCUCCCCCUCCCUUUCUCCCUCCCCACCCCCUCCCUCCCUCUCCCCCCCACCCAACCUCCUUCCCCCCUCGCCCUCCCCCUCCUUCCCAUGGCUGUUGCGCUUUCGCUCGCCCUCGCCCAAGCAGGGCGCGGUGAUUGUGGACGAGCCAAUCAUAGUGGAGGUGGCGGAGGGGUACGAAGCCCCUCAGAGAGCCUCUCACGUGGCACAGGAGGUGCAGCGAGCUGUAUCCGCGCAGGUAGUUGGCCUUAGGGAAGAUGCGGAGAUUGCUUGGGGAGGUGCGGUGCUUGUUGGGGAUCUGCAGUGCUUGAAUGGGGAGGCGGUGUGGUGCUUGAAUGGGGAGCAGUCUCCUGCCAGUUCUUUAACUUCUAGCUUCACAGCCCCCGACAUGAAGUCUGCAGAGGGGGUAGUGGCUUCCCUUCUCGCCUCAGGCUACAUUCUAGGGAAGGACGCAGCAAGCAAGGCCAAGGAGUUUGACUCCAAGCACGAUCUCAGCCGUACAGCGGCCAUCCAGGUCGCUGCUCUGAAAGAACGGACGGUCGAAACUGCUGCCACGCUCGACAAGAAAUACGCCAUCUCGCAAAAGUUUUCCGAGACCAAGGAGACGGUGGCACGCUCCUGGACGACGGUCGACGAGCAGUACAAAGUUUCGCAAACUGCCCGGGGGGCAGCGGCUGUAGCGGAAGCCUCAAUUUCCGAGGCCGGGCAGUAUUUGAUGAAGAACCAGUAUGUGGCUACCAGUGCCAGCUGGUUAGCCGGGGCGUUUGGGAAGCUCGGCGAGAUUGUUGGAGAGGUGAAGCAGCAGACCCUACAGAAGGUGCAUCAAGCAGAGGAGGAGCGUGGGGAGGUUCCAACCGUCUCUCUCGGCGAUGGCUCGGCCUCUGCUCCCGGCGGUUACAGUGCCGUCUCGGGUGCUGGUUUUGAUGAUGAUACGCCUGGUCCUGCUGCUGGUGCUGCUGCUAGUGCAACAAGCUCAGGUGGUGUUGCAGGGCUGUCAUCUUCUGGGGCGUUGGAGGACCACGGCCCUCCUCUCUUUGCAUCAUCUGAUGCUGCUGCUGCUGCCGCCGCUGCUGCUGCUGCUGCUGCUGCUGCUUCUGCUCCUGCGCCUGCCCCCACACCUGCUCCGGCCGGGUCUCUCAUGGAUGAUGUUUUCUCGCCUGGCCCUGCUGCUGCUGCUGCUGCUCCAGCCGUGUCCGCAUCGCCAGCAAAACUGCGAACAGAGGAGCCUCCCCUGUUUUAA